UUUCAGCACACAGUUUGAUGAAACGUGAGAUUUAACCACCCUGCAGUUUCUCUGUUGGCCUUCCCCAGAUUGCAGCAUGCGUGUGAACACAGAGAGGAAGGAAACUGUUCUGUAGGUUUGCCUGUGUGUAUAAAAUCUUCCACAUCCGCAGGCUGACCACUACAGCGGUGCACACAAAGCCUGAAGCUUCAAAAGACCAAGAGGAAGUCUGGGUCCGGUACAAGUGGGAGGGUUAAAGAGGACAGGAGGAGGAGACAGAAACAGAAAGAAGAUACAAAAGUAAAGAGGAGGAGAGACAGAGAGAAGAGAAGCACUGACUGUGACAGACUGUUGUUCAAAGAUGGAUUUAAGUUUGCUUCAUGCUCUGGAGAGAGAACAAGUGCUUGAGGUCCUUCGGAGGGACAAGCAGCUGCGUAUUAUUGAAGAGGACAGGAUAAGGAGGAUGAAAUACGACCUGCAGGAACUUCGCCGUAGAGGUGCGAAGAGUUUCACACGGCAGUACGGAGAGCGGACCUGCGCACGCUGCCAGAGGCCAUUGGGAAAGUUCUGGAACGCGGGCGCAGUCUGCCACGGCUGCAGCCACCGUAUCUGCAGCAGGUGUCGCGUGGGCGUGGGAGCAGAGGACUGGAAGUGUACGGUCUGCCACGCCUACAGGGAGGUGAAGAUCAGGUCUGGGGAGUGGUUCUUGGAGCAGCGGGCACUCAAAUUUGCUGUCACCACAGACAAAUUUGAGACGGUUGGGGAGAAUCUUUUAAAGACCUUCAAUGUGCUGAGUCACAUAUCGGUUGUACCUCCCACUCCUCCACCUUACAUGGAAUUCCCGUUUCUGAGCAGAUCUGGGGAUUUGAAAUACUCAAAACCCUUCAACAAAUCGAUGGAAGAUCUGAUGGUUUCUGCCACCACUCACAUUAAAAAGAUUUCCACAUCACAGAAUGACCUGCUGAGAGUAGACGAUGGCCGGAGAGGUUCAUGCUUCACCUGCAGUACCCAGAAGAGUCUGUCCGACACGGACAUCCACAAAUCAAAACUUCUCUUCAAAGUCCCCAGUCUUCCAAAUCUGUUCAAGAAAAGCAAAGACAGUGACCAGGAAAGUUCCUCCACGGGGGCAGAAGAAGAAACUUCCUUUGGUUCUGAGUACUCGGGAGGACACAGAGGCAGCAGCAGCAGCAUCAGCAGCCUCUUUGAGAACACCAGUGUCUCAGGAGACCUGGAGCUCGCUCUGUACUACAACACCAAGUCCUCCUGUCUGGAGAUCACAGUCAGCGCCUGCAGAGGUCUCACCUACGGAGAUGCCAAGAAGAAGAAGUGCCACCCAUACGUCAAACUCUAUGUGCUGCCAGAAAAGAGUAACAAAAUGAAGACAGCCGUCAAGAAGUACACAACUGAUCCGGUUUUUAAUGAAGUUUUAAAGUAUCACAUUGAGCGCCCCCUGCUGUUUGGAAAGAGACUACGAGCCUCUGUGUGGCAUUCAGGAACCCUGAAGAGGAAGGUGUUUCUCGGUGAGGUCCUGAUCCCGCUGGACGGCUGGAGGUUCGAGGACAAGACCGCCCAGCGCUUCAACUGGUACCCGCUCUGUCCAAAGUCUGAGAGUCCAGAGGGGGGCGCUGUGGAGCAGGACUAAAGAGAUAUGCUGGUCAGAGGUGUCUGACCCUGAAAGCUGGCUGAGAGUUCAUCCAGAUGACGCAGAUUUCUGAGGAUAACAUCGGCGAGACCAGACUGAGAACCUGGAUCUAAGAGACCAAAACUCCUCCUGCCGACUGUGAGACUUCUGAGGGGACCUCAUACAGACCCUCUAUCAGCAGAGGCUUACUGUCAAGUAUAUGGAAAAUGAAUAGUCAUAGCAUGGUAUAUCUACGCAAGCAAACAGAUUCAUGUUGAAGUAUUAUUAUGAAUAUAUCAUCAAUUACAACUCCUUCAAAGCACUGGGAAGAAUGUAAAUCCUGUAUUACACUUUAAUAUAGUAUAUGAAUGUUAUGCUAUUAAGAAGGUAAAAUAGGGAAAUAUUUUGUUAUAUUUUUGAGCAUGAAAUGUGAUGUAUUAA